AGGUAGAAAACGACAAAUCCUCCCCUAAUUUGGUGUUUUUUUGUUGUUGAAAGAGCUAUUAAAAGAGGAAAAUCCACAUUAGUCGGAAAUAGAAAGAGAGAGAGAGAAUAGAGUUUAGUUAGCGAAAUAUAAGAGAGAGAGAAAGAGAACGUUUCAACUCCAUUUUUCCCGGCCUAAAGCUAACUAACUGUUUUGUUUUCGUUUCUGUCACUUCCCAUCUUUCUGGGACAAAAGUCCGUUCCUUCUCAUCCCCAGAUUGUCGAGCAUCGAGAAGAAGAAGAAGAAGAAGCUUAACAGAAAGAUCUCAAAUUCAAGGCCUGCUUAGGCUGAAUCUUUGUGCUUUUAAAAAAAAUAUUUUUGUUCAAAUUUUCCCUGAAAAUUAUAAUCUUUUGAGGGAGAAAAUGAGCGCUUCGAGAUUCGUAAAGUGUGUAACGGUUGGUGACGGAGCCGUCGGAAAAACAUGUUUGUUGAUCUCUUACACAAGCAACACUUUCCCUACGGACUAUGUGCCCACCGUUUUCGAUAAUUUCAGUGCUAAUGUGGUGGUUAACGGAGCCACCGUUAAUCUUGGAUUGUGGGAUACUGCAGGGCAAGAGGAUUACAACAGACUAAGACCACUGAGCUAUCGUGGAGCAGAUGUUUUCAUCUUGGCCUUCUCUCUUAUCAGUAAAGCCAGUUAUGAAAACGUCUCCAAAAAGUGGAUCCCUGAGCUGAAACAUUACGCUCCUGGUGUCCCCAUCAUUCUCGUUGGAUCAAAGCUUGAUCUUCGAGAUGAUAAGCAGUUCUUCAUCGACCAUCCUGGUGCUGUCCCGAUUACUACUGCUCAGGGAGAGGAGCUGAGGAAGCUAAUAGAUGCACCUACUUACGUCGAAUGCAGUUCCAAAUCUCAAGAGAAUGUGAAAGCUGUGUUUGACGCAGCCAUACGAGUGGUCUUGCAACCACCGAAGCAAAAGAAGAAGAAGAGCAAAGCGCAAAAGGCAUGCUCCAUCCUAUGAUGAUGAUUGGAAAAUCUCUGUUUUUAUUUAUUUGUGGUUUUGGUAACAUUGCAUCAAUGAGUUAAUGGACAGACACCAAGUUUGGUUUUGGUCUUUUGUUUUGUUCUUAAUAUUAAAUCGA